AUGGUUGCGACCUUUUCGCCGCACCGGGACUCCGGCGGCACGCUCCAUCUGUCAUCGCACUCGGGGCUUCACCACGUCGAUGCCAGUUCCGCUAUCCGACAGCUUCGGCGCUCUCUGUCGCGCUCUCCUUCCAAGAGCUCCAGCUUCUUCCUCAACUCUCGCAACGUCUCACCCUCUAAAGCUUCAUACAUCUCCUCACCUCUCUCUCCUUCGCGCCGAUCCUCACAGAAUAACUUUGUGUUGUUCCCUUCGUCGGGCCAACAGUCACCUCUUGCGGUUCCGUAUCCUCCUAGUGCAAAAAUCACACGGCCGGUGAUGCGACGGCGGACGUCUCCGCGCAGUCCGGCUAAACGCGCUCUCACAUUGUCAACGGACGGUGGUAAUGCAACUCCUACUCAGUCUACUCCGAUGAUGAUGGCUGAGGAUGAGGAAAACGCGCUCACAUUAGAUGACCUAAUGGGUCAAAGUGAGAGCAACACUUGCGCCAGUCCUUUCCUUUCACUCACCCCUAGCGUCCCUCCAUCUGACACACCACUUGCACCUCGCCCCACACUUUCACGCAUCGAAAAGCGUCGAAGUGGUACCUUUGGAAAUUACGCCACAGUCAGUCCAUUGAAACGCAGCGACGGCAUAAUGAAUUUGGACCAGGCCUCGCGUGGCAGCCCCUCCGCGAAAAGGCGCAGUGUACAUGCACCAACUACUUCGGAAUUCAGUAUCUUCGAUACCGAUCAAGAACAUGCGCCCACUGAUCCUUCAGCAAGUGAAACUCCGCCUUUUCCGACCCCAAUACAACCAUUCAGUCCGUUCGCGACUAUUCCCAAACGCUCAUCGUCAUUGCGCCGAUCCACCCUGCAGCAGCGUCAGGGUGAGCGCUCGUUAUUUGGUCGACCUAGGGCUGCUGAAGAAGGCGAGAUGCCUGGUACUCCGCUUGCAGUUCGCUCUCGCAUGUCCUUUGACAGCGGCUCCUUUAACGCAGGCCAUGAUAACCUGUUCUCACCUCUCCCCGCGCCUGCGAGUCCGCUCUUUUCCAAUGCGAGCGGCAUCAAUCCCAGUGCGGCUACUCAGCCUCUUCGUCCUGCCGCUCAUCCUCUCUCGCGUACAAUCACACAAUCCUCAUCCGGGUCCAGUUUUGAUGACUCGCCCACUCACGAACCCGCUCCCAAGCCCGAGCGACCACCUCGCCCUCUCAAUUUCUCCAAGUCUUUACCUGCUGGGGCAACUCGCCCAGCUCCUGUGCGCCGAAUCACGCGUGAGGAUUCAAGUGGCUCUGACACUUUCGCAACACCCGAGAAUUUCAAGCUGGUCAAGCCACUGCCGGCUGCGUUCAUGUCGACCGGAUUAAUCUCGAAGAAGAAUCGUAAUGCGGAGGAGCCGGGCUUCAACAAGAACAUGCCUGACACUCCGUGUAAGCGGCCUGUCAAUCUGUUCACUGCAGGUCCUAAUCCUGCUCCGGAGCGCCUCUUUGACAAGUCACGCCUGGUGCGGCAAUCCGAUGAUCUACCUCCCUCACCGUUUAAUCCUUCUUUCUCGUCAGCGCGGCCCAAAGUUUCUCGUGGUGCGGGAAUAUUUAGCAAUUCCUUUAAUCGCCCUGAAGAGCCCUCGCGCCGUGGCAGCGUCGUGAGUGUGGAUGGUGAUGACAUGCUGCAAGUUCAGUCUCCUUCUUCGCGUCAGGACAGCCAAGCUUUGAAUGAUUCGGACUUCCCUCCUACCCCUACCAAGCAGACCUUCCUCCCUUCUCGCACCUACCCUCCUGCCACUUCUCAGAUCGCGCCCCUGGAGCGCUUGUCCGAAGCCAGGGCCGGCUCCCACUCGACUCCCUUGCGCGAUCGGUUCAUGCAGGCCUCACCUCGCACUCCUCGGGAUCAAUUCUUCCCUCCCGAUCCGAGCGGAUUAUCAAUCUCCGUGCCAAAUGACCAGCAGCCAUUUCAACCUGACUUGGGCAUUUCAGGCCUGCCCGCCACUCCAACUGGCCCUCGUGAUUCGUUGCUUUCGAGCAAGCGACCCAGCCUCCAACUCAGUGGAUUUCACACUCCCGAUGUUGAUUCCAGUUUGUCAUCACGCUUUGAGAGAGCCGAGCUGAUUGGCACUGGUGAAUUCUCUCAGGUCUAUCGGGUUUCUCAACCUCACGAAUCCUCUUUCCCUUCUGUUUUUUCGCUACCGUCAAGUGGUCCAAAGUCGCCCACCGCUCUGCCUGACCAGGUUUGGGCUGUCAAGAAGAGCAAGCAGCCCUACCUGGGCCUGAAGGAUCGUGAACGCCGUAUCCGCGAGGUGGACAUCUUGAAGACUCUGAUCCACUCUGACCAUGUCAUUUCCUUCGUGGAUAGCUGGGAGGACUAUGGUCAUCUAUACAUCCAAACGGAAUUCUGUGAGGAGGGCAGCUUAGAUGUUUUCCUGGCUCAGGCUGGCCUCAAGGCUAGAGUCGAUGAUUUCCGCAUUUGGAAGAUCCUCCUUGAAAUGUCUCUGGGUCUCAAGGAAAUUCAUGACCAGGGCUUCAUCCACCUUGACCUGAAGCCCGCCAACAUCCUGGUCACCUUCGAGGGUGUGCUCAAGAUUGCAGACUUUGGAAUGGCUACACGCUGGCCCGCUGAAGAUGGCAUCGAGGGGGAAGGUGACCGCGAGUACAUCGGACCGGAGAUACUUAUGGGCCGGUUUGACAAGCCCGCCGAUAUCUUCUCUCUUGGGCUGAUCAUGUUUGAAAUCGCCGGCAAUGUGGAGCUACCGGACAACGGAGUGUCCUGGCAAAAGCUUCGUAACGGUGACAUGAGCGAUGUCCCCAGUCUGACCUGGAGUUCGGAAACCAGCAUCUUCCGCGAUGCAUCUGGCAAUCCUGUUUCGGAAUCUUCUUCUUUUGAAGAGCUUUGCGCCUUCGAUCUAGGUGACGAUGACUUCGGCGACGAGUUUGUGACGAGCCGCAAGUUGGGUGCCGACAAGCCAACUCAGUUAGAGCGCAGCGGCGAGCUCGUCAACCCUCCGGAUUUCAUGGUCCAUGCCCAUCACCCUCAGGCAUUGGACAAGAUUGUCCGCUGGAUGAUCUCCCCCGAACCAAUUGAUCGACCUACAGCUGACCAGAUCUUGGAAACCUAUGGAGUCCAGUUUGUCAGUCGACGCCGCCGUGCCGGCGCCACCAUCUUUGAGGGCAACUGGGGCCCUGCUGAUGAAAUUCUCGCUGAAGAUGCUGAGAUGAUCGAUGUGUAA